UAUUCUGUGCAAGCAGGAAAUGACUGCGCUUGCGUGAAAAGUUAGUUUCUUGUUUAGUUUCUCGAUUAUAAUAUACAAGUACUAUUGAUUUCAACUAAAAAUAAAUCAGUGCAACGAUACAAUAGCUUUAAAGAUCGAUAUCUUAUUGUAAAACAAGUAAUUUUUUAAUUUUGGGAGAAUAAGACUUAAAUAUGGCGUCAAUUGGUCGUGGUCGUGGAUGGCUACAGCAUGACAAAAGCCCAUUGCCUAAACCUGGAAAAUCGACAUGUCCCGAGGAUGUUAAUCAUGCCGAUAUCGUUAACCUAAUUAACCAGGUUAACGACGAGAAUUUGAUGGAAAAAGUAGAUGAAAUUGUAAAAUUGGUCAAUGAUACAAUGAACGAACAAAAUUUUAAGAACAUACACGAAAAACUUUAUAAACAUGCUUUAAAUGAUAAGGAGUUUGGUUUGAAAUUGUGGGAGGUAUAUAGUAGCUCUAUGUUCAAAAACACGCAUGAUUCUGAAAACAGAAGUUUAUAUUCCCAUUUAGUGAAGUCUUUUCAAGUUGAUUAUGAAAGAAGAAAAGAUUUAAGGGAAGAGAAUGUAACACAAUUUCAUAAUGCUAUUUGUCUAUUUUCGAAAUUUUUAAGUUGUAGGAAAUAUAUUUCUGCAAGAACAGUACUCUUGGCAUUAUUGGAUUACAUGGAAAUGCUAGUGGACACAGCUUCUGCUGAUGAUAUCAAAAUUUUUGCAGAACUAGUAAUUAUACAUGGACAAUAUUAUCACAGUUCUUUUAAAGAAGAAAUGGGUAACUUAAUGAUUACUGUAAGGGAAAAAUUAAUCAAAGACAAUUUAUCUGUUACAUCUCGUGGAAUUUUAUUAUAUGUAAUAGAUCUAGAAAGUAGGAAUUUUAAUCCACUUCCUAAAAGUCUACAGGAAUUUUAUAAAUCUCAGUUGGAAAGUAAUUUUAAAGAAGGGGAUAAUAAUGUGAUAAUUAAAUCUUUAACAAUAGUGGAAGAUGGUAAUGACAAAUAAUAUUUAACACCUUAGGGAAUGCUUGUGUAUUUAUUAAGUGACGAAUAAAUGGCCAGUUGUAGAGCAUAAUUCUUCAAAGAAUAACUCAAAUCAUCAGAAGCAAGAUCGUAAUCUUGUAAAAAAUCAAAGUUUAAGGGCAAUUCGAGGUUCUGGUGAUUGCAGAUAUAAACAGACUAAUAAUAUGAAACAAGAAAAA